AUGAAGUACCCUAAACAUGGCAAAGUGUUUUAUGCAAUAAAACUUGCCUUUGUCAUUUUGCUUGGCUCUGAGCGGCUUGUAAUCCAUACCAAAACGCUCAAGGGAAGUAUUAACCGAGACGGCUCAAUGUCGUGGCGGAUGUUCUUUGGGCUAUGA